CGCGCGAUAAGGCGUCGGGCCCGCGCCGGCUGCAGUAGCGACGCCAGAGGCGACGAGGCAGCAACCCUGACUGAGGCGCACACGUCGUCGACUGGAGCAACCGCCUCCCGCCAUGAUCGUUGUCGCCUUCCUGCUGUCGGCCGCGCUGCUCGGACGCUCGUGCGCAGGCGCAGACGGCGCGGCGCUGGGGUUCAGGGUGACGGCGCAGGUGCUGCCCUCCGACGGCCCGCGGCGGAUCUCCCUCAGGACCGUCCUGCGCCUGGCCGGGACCGAGGCCUGCGCGGACCCCGCAGGGAAGCUGCGCGUCUUCGUCGCCCUCAGCGCCAGCUCGAAACCACCCGGGAGCGACCCACGUCCAACAAGAACACCCGAUCACCUCACAUCCACAUCCGUGACACACAGCGGAGUGAUCGCGAUGACGCAAAACCUCAAUUCCUCAGCGUCUUUCACAACCUGUCCAAUAGUUACAACUUUAGAAUCCCAAAAAGUACUCGUCGAAGCGUCUCCAGAUUCCGUUGCGACGGAAACAUACGACGGAACACCAGAAAGGACUUCGAUAACAACACAAUGUCACAGCAGUUCGAAACCCCGAGAAGCACCGAGAUCGAACGACCAUCCAUCCGUUCCGACGAGAUGCAACACCCACAGCGUCGCCAUAAAAACGAACGAAUCGUCCUUCACGUACCACAUCCCCGGGAAACCAGGAAACAUCCCGAGCCAAACAGUUUUGAAGGAAAAUGACGGAAGCCCGAGUGUUCAAGUCACAGACUCGGACAACACCGCGGUGUAUACUAUUCUGGUAAAAUCCAAGCCUGCGUACAGAAUCACUAUCCACACCACGCGAAGCCAUCCUCAGGCAAUAUCCACGUUUGUCUGCCACUCUCCUGGUGUUUACCAAGACCCGCGGAACUGCUCUCUGUACUACAACUGCAAUGCCAGUAGAAAUGGUAAUUUUAUACUGACACAGCACCACUGUUCAAAUGGAUACGUAUUCAGCAGCGUGCUGAAAAAUUGCACCAAAACCACGGAAGCUAACUGCAGCAUUCAAACGUCCAGUCUAUCGGCAACAGAGGAAGCAAGUUCUCCGCACUUGAUCGACUGCGACCGAAGCGGGAAGUUUGCAGAUGUCACAGACUGCUCCUCUUAUUACUUGAGCUCGCCGAGAUCAGGAGGUGGGUUCCAGAAGGCCAAGUUCCACUGCCCGACUCCCUCGACGUUCAACCCCGACGCGCAACGGUGCACGUUGGGGAGUUCGUGCAGCAGCGCCUUCCGCGCGGUGCCCCUUUUCACGGACACUGCACUAGACAACUCCACGCAAAGUUUCGCAGAUGCUUCAUCAACAAAAACUACAAAUGACACUUCCAAACUCAAAUCAACCAGCGUGGACCACAUCAAAGAUGCUAUUCUUUAUACUACAAAAACUUCAACUAAUUUGCUAAAAAUUAACCAACACGGCAUCCCCGCCAAAGUGAACGUAACAAGCGAGAAUAUUUACGGAGAAAAACCAGAGUCACAAUCACAUAGCACAUUCACCACUGAUCCAAACCAGGUGCUGCAAAAAACAGCCACACCUACGAGACAUAUUUUAGGGGCCAAUACCACAUUUCAAUCACACACAUCUAAAGGAAUGGUUACACCUAGGACAUGGGUGCUUGUCGAACCCAUCACAACUGGAUCAUUUACAGCCGAAGAAACAAUUACAACUGAGACACACACAUCUGGAUUGAGUACAACUACAGGAACAACCGCAUUGCGGUCACGUGGAAAAACAAACAAAAUUGGAACAGGAGCUUCUGCAUCAAAUACUGUAUCUCAAACUCCCACAACUAAAUCAAUUACAAUACCAAAUAUAAUAACUGAAUCGAUCACAACUACAAAAACUAACCCAUCUACAAUACACAGUCUGCCAAAACACAACACACCAAACGAAAAAAUUUCUGCAGACAAAAGUACAUUUACAUCUGCAGAAACAAACACUUUUGAAAGCACAUUUACAGAAACAAUCACUACUGAAACAGCCAGACCUGAAACCAGAUAUACAAAACAAAUCACUCCUCAAACAUCCACUUCUGAAGCCAAAUCUGCAGAUACAACCACUCCUAAAACAAACACACCUGGUACCCCAUCUACAAAACCAAUUAUUACUAAAACUUUUGAAACCACGUCUACAGAACCAAUCACUACUGAGGAAAAAACUUUUCAAACCACAUCACUAGAAACAAUCACCCCUAAAAAAAUCACUCUAGAAACCAAAUAUACAAAACAAACCAUCUCUGGAACCAUCACUAAUAAAACAACUAUCCCUGAAUUCAGAUCUACAGAAACAAUCACUACUGAAAAUACCACUUCUGAAACCACAUCUACAGAACUAAUUGAUAAUGAUACUACUACUUCAGAAACCACAUCUACCGAACCAAAUGUUACUGAAACUACAGGGCCAAUCACUAAUGAAACUACUACUUCUGAAUUCACAUCUACCGACCCAAUUUCUACUAAAACUAAAAUUUCUGAAACCAUAUCUAUAGUACCAAUCACUCCUGAACCAACCAAAACAGAAAACAUAUUCACAGAACAAAUAACUACUGAAACUACAUUUACAGAAUCAAUACCUACUGAAACCUCUACUCUUGAGACCACAUCUACAGAAUCAAUCACUCCUGAAACAAUGACAUUUACAAAUCCAAACAUUUUUGAUACCAAAUCAACAGAAUCAAUCACUAAAGUAACUACUACUCCCAAAACCACAUCUACAGAACAUAUUACUUCUGAAACAACCACUAUAGAAACUACAUAUACAAAAUCAAUCAUUCAUGAAACCACAUUCACAGAACAAAAAACUACUAAAAUCACCACUAUUGAAACAACAUCUACAGAACCAAUCACUUCUGAAACAACCACUAUAGAAACCACAUCUACGAACCCAUUCAUUCAUGAAAACUCAUUUACACAAUCAACCACUCCUGAAAACUUACCUCUAGAAACAACCACUCCUGAAAGAAUAACUUCUGAAACCACCACUCCUUUUACAACCACUCCUGUUACAACCACUCCUGAAACAAACACUCCUGAAACAACCACUCCUGAAACAACCACUCCCAUUACAACCACUCCUGAAACAACUACUCCUGAAAACACCACUCCUGUUAAAAGCACUCCUGAAACCACCUAUUCUGAAACCACCACUCCUUUUACAACCACUCUUGUUACAACCACUCCUGAAACCAACACUCCUGAAACCACCACUCCUGAAACAACCACUCCUGAAACAACCACUCCUGAAACAACCACUCCUGAAACCACCACUCCAUUUACAACCACCACUCCAUUUACAACCACCACUCCAUUUACAACCACCACUCCAUUUACAACCACCACUCCAUUUACAACCACCACUCCAUUUACAACCACCACUCCAUUUACAACCACACCUGUUACAACCACUCCUGAAACCAUUACUUCUGAAAACAAAACUCCUGAAACCAUCACUCCUGAAACCACCACUCCUGAAACCACCACUCCUGAAACCAUCACUCCUGAAACCACCACUCAUUUUACAACCACUCCUGAAACAACCACUCCUGAAACAACCACUCAUUUUACAACCACUCCUGAAAACACCACUCCUGUUACAACCACUCCUGAAACCCCCACUCCUGUUACAACCACUCCUGUUACAACCACUCCUGAAACCCCCACUCCUGUUACAACAGCUCCUGACCCAACAAUUCCUGAAACCACCACUCCUGAAACAACCACUACUGAAACAACCACUACUGAAACCGCCAAUCCUGAACCCACCCCUCCUGAAACCACCACUCCUGAAACCACCACUCCUGAAAAAACCACUCCCGAAACAACAAUAACUGAAAAAAACACACUUGAAAAAACCACUCCUGAAACAACUCAUGAAUCAACUACUUCUGAAACCGCAUAUACAGAACCAAUCAACCCUGAAACCAUAGUUACAGAAAACAUCGCUCAAGAAAUAAUUUCAACUACAGAGAAAGAUAUCUUUGAGCCACAUUCUCCUACAGGAUAUAUAUUUGAUCAAUCAUAUACGUAUGAAAAAACAACCAUUUCUAAACUUAAUAAAUCUCUAGAACUAGUUGCUUCUGGAACUAUUCAUUUUCUGGAAUCUAAGGCACACCCUUCUACAGAUAAUAUAAUUUUUUAUUCUAACAAAUUUGCAGACACAAACAUUUCUGACAAAAUGUCAUUUACACAAACAAUCUCUUCUGAAAUACCUACAUUUCCAAAAAAUUUAUCUCCUGAAACAGUUACAACUAAAGAACCAUUAAACUCUACAGAAACAGUUACUAACAAAACAAUUACAUUCAUACAAACAAUAAUUCCUGAAAGUACAACACAAAUGGAUAAACUAGCUCCUGAAACAACUACACCAACAGAAACAACUAUUUCCGAAGCACACGCGACUGCAGAAAAUUUCCAACCUCAAUCACACACAUCUCUCAGUAGAAACCCACUUGGAUCUCGCAAAUCUACGUACAAUACACCUGCAUCGUACAAACCUACAGAAACCACUGCACGUGAAUUAUCUAAACCCGGGAAUGGAAAGACAUUUCAACCCACGUCUUCAGAAACAAUCAAUACAGAAGUGUAUGCGCCAGACUCAAGAACAUAUGUGAAGUAUUCUACGGAAAACAUUAAAGAAACAGUGCCGCCUUCAAUUAUUACUCCACAGUCUUCUAAAAGUAAUACACAUUUUUCACCACUACAGUACACACCUACAGAUAUUAUUGCAAUGGCAGAGCCAAUGCCAGAUGACAGCAAACUCAGGCUAUCUCUACCACCCGACUUCCACUCAGAAGUGAACAAACAUGUGCCUACCAUACCUAACAGCAAAACCACACUUCCAACGUCUCAACUCAUCCCUGGAGGAGCGUACGCAUCUCCACUGCCGACACACGAACCACGCCCAGCGACAUCGCGGCCAAUGAAAACAGGUGAAGUUACAACGAAAAAUAGAAGCGGUUCGUCGCGGUUAAACACCACAAAACCCACCACCCGAGCGCCCGAGCCAACCGUUCGAGCGGCGGCGACGACGAGGAGACCGGAACCGGCGCUCCCGGGCGGGACGGUGACCACCGCGCGAGCCCGACGGGCGACUCUCGUGGUGACGCCGUUCGUCUGCACGCUGAGUGGGACGUUUGCGGACGUCACGAACUGCUCCGCGUACUACACCUGCUCGCUCCGGAAGACCGGGGGCUUCUACAUGGGCCACUACUUCUGCCCGCCCGCCUCGCUGUACCACGCGGAGACCGGGCGGUGCACCGUCGCGGAGGCCGUGGAGUGCGAGAACCCCGCGUACGUCGUCUACGUCAACAGCACCGCCGCUCCGACUCGCGGGAACGAGCCACCCCCUUAGGUGGGACUAUCGGUGGCUCGAUGAACGUGCUCGCAAAUAUAGUUCCUUAUCAAAGAUAUACUAGCAGCAAACAAGUGUUAAAUGACUUACAUAUUUAAUGUUCUUAGCACAUAUGAAAGUUAAAAUGUCAUAAAACUUACAGUGUUAUUGCAAGAUUUUAUUAAUUUAAACCAAUAUGGGAUAUUAUCUGUGGGAACUACUCAACCAAUACUAGCACUUACAAAUGAAGACCUGAUUAUUCUAAUAAAUUAUAUGUUUUUAACAUGGACUCAUCUUUUGUUUAUAUAAACGUACUGUAAAUAAUAUUGUAUGUAUUUAUUUGUAUUUAUUUAAUAUUAAAACUAGUAGUUUAAUACCA